GGUUUGGUAUGGAAAACAAUAGGCCUAGUCUACAACAAGAGUGGCAAAUGAAUGAAUCUUGAAGUUGAAGGUAGAGUGGUUUGUCUCAAAGUGAAUGUGAACAAGGGAGAGAAUCUCACCGUGUCGUCAACACACUGUCCAGAAUGGUCCGCCAAGUGGCCCUGUUGCCGGCCGGCUGUCAGCCAUGGAACCGCAAUGUUGUGGCCUCCAGCGGCCAACACUUCGCUUACAGCGCCACGCUGGCUAUUUAUAUCUAUAAAAUGGACCGAGUUCACAAGGAGCAUAGGUUGAUCUCCAUCAUGUCCGAGCACAAAAAGACGAUCACCUCCAUCUGCUGGUGCCCGGAGAAGCCCAACCAUCUGGCCAGCUCAAGUGCGGACGGACUGGUCAUUGUGUGGGACAUAACAACACAAAGGCCGGUGGCAAA